CGUUACACAACCUUCUCCGAGAGUUUUGUCCAAGAUGGCGUCAACACAGUUAACGGAUGAGGAGCUUUUCUCCGAAUUAAAGCGCUUUGGUUUCAUUCCAGGUCCAGUGACCGAAAACACUCGUCCAGUAUACUUGAAGAAACUUAAAAAGCUUCGCGAAGAGCAGCAGCAGCGGGGCUCCAGACUGAGUAAAACCCGUAGCAGCGGGAAUAUCAACAGCACCACUGGCGGCGGCAGCACGGCGGGAUCCAGGCCAGCCAGCCAUGACGUCACGCACCUGAGCUCUAGCAGGAGACCGGGCCGGAAGUCCUCUGUUCUCGGCUUUAGCUCUGAUGAGUCUGACGCUGAAACUCCCUUGAAAAGAAAGGGUUUUAAUCACAGUGGCAGGGCAGACCGACGCUCUGAUUUUCAACAACAACUAAAGACAAGACCCGUUACAACACCGAGUGUGACUAUCAAGAGUCAGUAUGGCGCUACGAGUACGCUGAACAGUAACGAUUCUUCUCUGGAUCCGGACGGGCAGAGAAGUGUCUCUCUGGGCUGGGGAGUUCGUGCCAGAUGCAGCCCUGAGGCGGAAGUUAGGGAUUACGACGAAUCGGGGGACGAGGACAAUUAUGAGGGGGGUGCGGAUAAGAACUCACGCUCUUUAAAUGGUUGUGGAGCACCCCCCUUGGACACAAGCAAACUAGCCGGGGAUUAUUCAGACUCGGACGAGGAGGUGGUUGGGAGCAUUGGAGACCGACAGAAGGAAAGGUUGCAACCUACACGAAGUCAGCAGCCAGUGUUGUUCCCCUCCCACGGAGUCGGCCGCGGGUCUCUGACGGGAGGGGCAGCCGGAGAGGUUAACCCGCCUGAGAAUCUAAAUAUGGUGGGAAGUCGGAGGGAGGAAGGGGAGGAAGACAAGCUAAAGAGAAGAGAAUCGGACUCAUCGGGGGGCUUGCGAAGCCACAACUUUUCCAAAAAGUCUAUUUACGUGUCCCUCACCGAGAACCAUAGAGGAGAGGCCAGCAAAAACAACCACGUCGACGGGGAUUGCGCAGCCUCUAGAAACAGCAGCAGGAGUAGGUUCAGCAUCGGGUUGAGACCGCGCUUCUCCAACUACAGCAGUCUGGCCCAGACAUACAGGGGCAGCCACUCUAACCAGAUCGUUCCCAACCACUCAUACAGCCAGGCAGUGCUGAAGCAGAAGGUGUCUGUCCCGGAGGAUGAGCUGCUCCAGCAAUUCAAAAGAGAAGAGGUGGCCGCCUCUGGUAGCUUUAGUGCUCACUAUCUGUCCAUGUUCCUUCUCACGGCAGCCUGCCUCUUUUUUUUGUUGCUGGGCCUCAUGUAUCUUAGGAUGAGGGGUUCUGGAUCCUCGGAGGUGGACGGAGUCAUUAAGAGCCACCCUUUUGGCAGUGAUUUUGACUCUUCUUAUGACAAGGUGGAGAAGGACCUUAUCCUAAAGUUGCUGCUCAAUCUCCACAACCACCUGGCUCACAUCGCUGGUCAGCAUGACUGUGGAGACCAGCAACAUCCAAACAGGAGUCUGUCCAUGGAUGAGGCCUCUGCAUAUUUACUGGCUCAGAAUCAGGAGUUUGAAGGCUUCAUUCAUACCUCUUUGGAGUGGAUCAUUCGGACAGGCCAGGAUGUUGGGAUAAGGCUGACUGGGCAGGCAGCUGAUGCUCCAGUGUCUGAUGUGUCCGAGAUCUCUUGGCUAGAGUCAACACAUCCCAAGAUGCCCUUCGCUUGCCGCUUCCGUCGAGCCUUCAUCACAGUCAUCAGCAGGGUCUUCCUUAUAGCAGUUGUGUUAGGCUGUUUGUGGAGUGUGGUCUGCUACAUGAAAUAUCGUUGGAGGAGGGAGGAAGAAGAGACCAGGCAGAUGUAUGACAUGGUGGAAAGGAUUAUUGAUGUGUUGAGAAGCCACAGUGAGGCUUGCCAAGAGAACCAGGAUCUGCAGCCCUACCUACCCAUUCCCCAUGUUAGAGACUCCCUGGUUCAGCCUCAGGACCGGAAGGAAAUGAAGAAGAUUUGGGAGCAGGCUGUGAGCUUUCUCUCUGCCAAUGAGUCCAGAAUUCGAACAGAGACUCAGAGGAUUGGUGGAGCGGACUUCCUAGUCUGGAGGUGGAUCCAACCUUCUCUCAGUUGUGACAAGACCUCCUUGAUGCCCUCCAAAGUCUGGCAGGGAAAAGCUUUCCCUCUAGACCGGAGGAAUUCUCCUCCCAACAGCCUGACUCCAUGUCUGAAGAUCAGAAACAUGUUUGAUCCGGUGAUGGAGAUUGGGGAGAACUGGGAUCUAGCCAUCCAUGAGGCCAUCCUGGAGAAGUGUAAUGACAAUGAUGGCAUCGUCCACAUCGCUGUUGACAAGAACUCACGAGAGGGCUGUGUCUAUGUAAAGUGUCUCUCUGCAGAGCACUCAGGGAAAGCCUUCAAGGCACUUCAUGGCUCCUGGUUUGAUGGUAAGCUAGUGACUGUGAAGUAUCUGCGUUUGGACCGGUACCAUCAGCGCUUCCCACAGGCCCUGGGCUGCAACAUGCCUCUGAAGGCCUCCAGCCUCCACCUGAACACCACAAGCACAGUGAGAACUACGCCCCGCCUGCAGCAACGUGGCUCAGCCAACUGUUCAGGCUUCUCAUAAGAUCAGCAUCAGCAGUGGAUUUAGCAUUCUCCCCUGUGCCCUCCAAGCAUGAUCAGCGUCACAGGAGAGCUUUUUACUUUUGUUUUUCUUCUUUUAACACAGGAUCUUUUCAAGAGAAACUGUUCAGCAGUGCAGUGUUUGUUUUCUAUAAUUUUUGUAUUAGAAAUGUCAUUGAUUUAACUAGGAAGCAUCAUUUCUUUCUUGAAUAUUUAAGAUGUGUGCAGAGACUCUAACCCUUCCUCCUCCUCUUCCACAAUCUAACUGUUGCCAUGAUGGAAUUUAUUUGGUCACUAAAUGAAAAUUGCUGCAUGUAUCAGAGUAUACUUUCAAUUCAACAAAAUGUGGGUGUUAAUUUUCUGAAGAUGUUAGAUGUUGCUCCUUGUUAUUAUUAUUCUCAUUAUUUAGUCAAGUGAGGAAGACAUGAACAACUUGUGGAGGGUGUGCUGUAAAUACAUGUGAAUGGUGGCACAAGCUUUAUUAAAUCCUCUUUAUUAAAAGCAAACCAUGAGCUCAAAUCUUUGUUGCUGCUCAUUUGCAGAAUACUUCUGUAACAGAAGGAACCACUCCCAGAGAUCUGUGUGGUCGCAUCCUCUUCAGGAGUGUUUCCCUCUCAUUGACCUGAUCAAACAGGACAACAGGAUGUUGACACAAUUUCUGUUAAUUGUUUGUUCCAUGUAUUCCAUGUAAGGCCUUUUCUUUCCCUCUGUCCUUGAUUUUGUUAUAGCUUCCAGCAGUACUCCCAGACAGCAGUAACUUUUUAGCGAUACAAAAGAAUCAGAGUGUAACUCGAAGAGUCACCUGAUGCUUUUCCAGAUAUAACACAAUAUAUUCCCAGUAUGAUACCUAUUUUUUUUUUAUUACUUACAUCUUUCAACUUGGGUCAUUUUCACUGUUGGUGCAUCCUUCUCAUUGAAUUGUUCUCAAACCUUUUAUGAAAAAGUGGUAUGUAUUGUCAUCUCUGCAUAUGUGAUCAACAGACCAGGGGAGCACACAGACUUCAGGACGUCCCAUGUUAUUUAUAAUCUGUGCUCAUCUCAUUUGGGUGAGACACAUUUUUCCUGCCCUGAUGAAAUCUGACUGUGUAAGUUCUGGUAUUUGAUCAUAUAAGCCCCUUGGAAUGAUGCAUCCACUUUUUUAUCAUAAAUUGACAGUUUGUUAUACUCAGCUACAACUAUUCCAAACCCGUUAAGGGGGCUGUAUUGUAUUUAGGGAUUGCUGUUUGUGUCUUUUUGGAACACCUGUGUAUUCAGAAAAUGCAAAACAAAAUCUAGGAGUUGCCAGAAAAAAAAUUUGAUGCAGUAAAUUUAGAGUUGGAUUCAUUACUUGCAGUGUUUAAUUGUACAAAUAAUGCACAUCUCACAUUUUCUAAAUCUGCUGCAGCAGACAACUUAACUGUGCCUUAAAUAUUAUUAUUAUUUUUUUUUUUUUUAAGACUGGCACUGCAUUACUGGAGAAUGUCCUGAAUUUAAGAAAUGUUGAAACCAUGUAAAGGAUGAGUAGGGCUUGCUAUAGAUGUAGUUUUGGUAGCUUUGACAUCAUCAAAUUUGGUGUUUUGUAGCAGUUUCUUUUAUAUAUUGAACCAAAUGCUUCUCUCUAUUUAUUUUUAUUUUUUUAAAUCAGCCAAGGUGUGCGAUUUCAAAGUCAACUGACCUGUUACGUGCAUCAAAACAUUUGUUUCAUCAAGCCAUCCAUUCAGUAAUCUUUCAUUCACCUCCACACAGUUGUCAGGAUGAUUAAAACAGCAAAAUACAGUGAUCACUUUCAGAAAUAAGCCAAUUGACACUAUAUCACUGUAAUCUAUUUUUGUAUGGCUCCAACAGAUUGGUGAACCUGCAGUGUCUCAGGCCACCCUUCUGGUAAUGAGGCUGCAUUUAAACGUUGGUUUGACGUGACAGCACUUUUCCAGGCUUGUGCUUCACCUUUGAAUUCAUCUGCACGGAUGCAUUCUUUUUCCUCUGAUGUAUUUUAUGUAAACACUGUAUAUUGAUAUAACUGUAAUAUGUACUACUAUAUGCAGCAUUAUUUCCAUUGGGUUGUAUGUUUGGAGUUACCAGUAUCCCUAACCUGCUAGCCGGAGAGGGGAGGUGUACAAUACUACAGACGUUCAAAAAGAUACAGAUGUUUUAAUGUAAUUUGUCAAUUGUAUAAAAAGCUAAAAUUAAAGGUUUAUUAGGGGUUUUUAA